CUAAUUAUACCUCAGCUCACCGACAUUUUCAGUUAUUUUAUUUAUUGAAUUAUUUGGUUUGGUCCUCGAAAACUUUCAAACUUCUAAAAGUCCCAAAAACACACAUGCUUCGUGGGUUCGUGUCUCCUGUUACACGAUCCCCUCUCACUCUCUUACGUUUCAGGUGGUAGUUGGUAAGAGCUUUCAUCAUUCGCUGUCAAUUAGGCAGUUAUAUUAGGCUGCUUAGCUGCCAAUCAAUACGAUAUCUUCGAAGUAAAACCCAGUUCUUGAUCCUCAUAAAUAAGGCCAAGGCUCUCUAGAUUAUAUUGCGGGAGCAGAGAAAUGGAUCACGACAUUUUACAUCCGGAACUCGAAGUGCUUCGAGUGAAGAAGCGUGUCGCAUUUCGUGUAUGCAAUGUGUCAAGUUAUACUGCUGAAGUAAUGGAGAUUCAAGCUGACAAUCCAACAUUACAUGUUCUAUUCAUCCCUGGAAAUCCUGGUGUUGUUCCAUUUUAUAAAGAUUUUGUGGAGGCUCUAUAUGAGUUUCUGGGUGAAAAAGCGUCUGUGACAGCUAUUGGGCAUAUAUCACAAACCCAAAAGAACUGGGAGCAUGGAAAGUUGUUCUCAUUACAAGACCAGAUCGAUCACAAGACGGACUUCAUCAAACAGGAAUUGCAAAAUAUUGCAGUCCCUUUGUUACUGGCUCUGAGUUGUUGCUGUGUUCUUUGUGAACUUAUACAUGAUUUGCUGCAGGUAGGACACUCUAUUGGUUCAUAUAUAUCUAUGGAAAUGUUUAAAAUGUCUCCAGAGAAGGUGACUUAUUGUGUCGGAUUAUAUCCGUUUUUGACUGUAAAUCCACUAUCCACGAAGCAGACUUCUAUUGCGAAAACUGCAGAGUCUCGCUUUGUCUGUGUUGCCUUGAGCUUUAUUGUUGCGCUCUUGGGAUUGUUGCCUAGAUCACUUUUGAGGUUUGUUGUGCGGACAUUCCUUGGGAAGUCAUGGUCAGCUGCUGCAGUUGAGGCUGCUUGCUCUCACUUGGUAAAGUACCACACCAUGAGGAAUAUUCUAUAUUUGGCAAAGACUGAAUUCCAAAAGCUUUCAGAAACACCAGAUUGGGCAUUCAUGAGGGAAAAUCAGCAGAAGAUAGCGUUUUUGUUCGGCAUUGAUGAUCACUGGGGUCCAAUGCAAAUGUUUGAAGAGAUUGGCAAGCAGGUCCCUGAUGCUGCUCUAUCAAUUGAAAAAGAGGGUCAUACUCAUGCUUUCUGUUGCACCGAAGCUGGAUCAUUGUGGGUUGCUGAGCAUGUAGCAAGCUUAAUCAAGAAUAAAGUUUCACUGUGAUCUGCCCUAUCCCACCAUGUUCUUCUUUAGCAUGCAAAAGAUCAGGCCUACAGUUGGAUGGAUAAGUCAAUGAAUUGUGAUUGUUGCUUGAUUGAUUAGACUAUACUAGAAAUCUUUAAGCAACAAACUAGCUACUAUUAUGGACAUUAGCACAUCUGUAGUGGUUCUUGUUUUAAAGCUUUUCAUAUACAUUUUUUCACAAUUUUUUCUAAUGAAUGAUGCAAAUGAUAAUUGCACGGUCA